AUCGUUAAUAUUAACCCAGGAUAGUCCGUUCAAAACAUUACUCAUUCACAAUGGUUUUAUAACGACCUACACUCCAUCUAUUUGGCAAGAUCUAAAACUAUAUUACCACUUUCAAUAUUCCCCCAUGAUAUCCUCUUUCAUUUUCCAAUAUCCUUAACCGGUGCAAUGACCGACACCCCAAUCGUAAUCGGAACUGCACCGCUCCCAGUGGAGCCGCCAAGCCUACCAUACAGCACCAAAGACACCGAGCCAAGCAAAAAAUCUACGGGACUCCCACCCGUUACCACAGGAACCUCCGAGCGCUACAUCCACGGCCUCGCCCGCGCCCGCGCCGCCGCCACACUCCCUCACCGUGCUCUUCCAAGGCGAGAAACUGCCGCCCGGCCAAUCCACCGCGGACCUCGACCUGGCCGCCCUCCAGAAUCUCAUCUACGAGGCUUCGCUCACGCGCCUGCACGCCAAGAUAGCGGCCGGAGGGUUCGUGGUCGAGGCGGGGAACUUCGCGGCAGUGGCGUGCUGGGAGCCUGGGAGGGUGGGAGAGACGGCUGUCCCGACGGCGAUGCUGGCGCAGAGGCCGAUUUAUAGGAUGUUUGUGGAGGGGUGGGCGGAGUUGAUGCGCAGACAUUUGUAUCAGCUUGCGCGGAGGGUGAGUAAGGGCAGGUAUUAGAAGUUGAGUCUUAUGGCGAGGGAUCCGGAGAUUGAGUAUGUUCCUGGUGCUGGUGAGUUUUUGAAAUUCUUUCUAAAUUCAUCAUAUUCUUUUUGAAGAAUAAUUCAUCUUUGAUGCUGGCUGUUUUGACCGAGGGCUGGUGCCCCUGAGAUAUGUGUGGCCCCCAAGUUAGAUACAGACAUCAAUAUAGGAAAUAGAGUUGGCGUUUAGAGCUAAGUCAAUUACCUCCCACG